UAAUCUGUUCCAGGGGCCAGUUGUCUAUGGUGAUUGGGAGAAAGAAUUUCGAUUUCGAUUGUUUGUGACGCUUUUAAAGAUUUUAAUUAUUCAAGUGCUUAGUUGCGUUGUAAAAUAACUUUUAAUAUUAAUAACACCAAUUCCUCUUUUCUUUGAAAGACUAUAACCGUAUAUCAUUGUAAAUAUUUAAAAAGUGAAAAUGUUGGGAUCGGGCGACGGCGGUAGUUACAUUAUUAGGUUACGCGGUUUGCCUUUCUCUACAACAGUAGAAGAUGUAUUAGAUUUCCUAAGCGGGAUCAACGUGUUAAAUGAGAAAGAAGGAGUGCAUUUGACAGAAGUGAGGCCGGGCAGACCGUCUGGUGAAUGUUUUGUAGAGUUGGUAAGCCAGGCGGAUGUAGACGAAGCUCUCAAGAAGGACAAGGAGAACAUGGGGAAACGAUAUAUUGAAGUAUUUUCCACGGAUCGUCAAGACAUGGAGUGGGCACUGAAUGCCAUGAACCAUUCUGAGAAUGGCUUUGGUGGUAUUCCCAACUUGAAUGAUGAUAUGGGCAUUGUUAAACUUCGUGGUUUGCCUUUUGGUUGCUCUAAAGAAGAAAUAAUCCAGUUCUUUGACGGGCUGAUGGUGGCCCCUGAUGGGGUGCACUUGCUCUACGACUACACGGGCAGGGCCUCGGGCGAGGCGUUUGUACACUUCGUUGACAAGGGGAACGCUCAGGAGGCACUCAACAGGGACAGGGAGAAAAUAGGACACAGAUACAUCGAGGUAUUCCCGAGCAGUGCGGACGAGGUGAGGGCGUACGGGGCGCGCGAGGCGGGGCGGGGCUCCGGCAGGCCACGCCCCACGCCCUACGACCGCGGUGACCGCUACGGACAGAGGUUCACGCGCGGCAGAGGAUUUGCUAGAGGCGGCGGGGGUGGGGGUGGCGCGGGCGGGUACGGGGGUCGCGGGGGGUUCCGACGCGGCGGGUACUGCGUGCACAUGCGCGGUCUGCCCUUCAAAGCCACGCCGCAGGACAUUGCAUAUUUCUUCAAGCCGGUGCGUCCUGUGAGCAUCAACAUCUUGUAUGACAACAGCGGUCGGCCUUCAGGCGAAGCUGAUGUUGACUUCGAGUGUCAUGAUGAUGCCAUGCGGGCGAUGAGACGUGACAAGCAUAACAUGGACCAUCGCUACAUCGAGUUGUUCUUAAACUCACCUGUGGGCGGGGCCGGCGGUGGUGUGGGCGGGGCGGGGGGCGGGGCCAGCUUCAAGCCCGCCCGCACAUACAGGAACCUGUACUGAUACACGCCUCGUCACAAACGUACACACCAUUCUUAAUAUAAUGGAAGUAAGUGCUGCUGUAUUAAGUUUAUUAAGUUAUUAAUCUAUUUUUUGGAACAGUUUAUUAAAAUGGAUGAAAACUGAACUGUAUUAUGAUAUUAGUUAUAUUUUAUGUAUAGUUCAUUUCAAUAGCAUCAUUGUUUGUA